AUGGCCGCCUUACCAGUGAAGUCUGUGCAGCUCACAGUGGACGAGAAGAACGAUCAUGCCGUCAGUUCCGCGGCCGCAGGGACGAAUGUCCCAUCUGAUGUUGCGACACGAGUGCGAAAACUGUUCUCGUCCGCACAGAUUUUCUUCUUCGCCUUGACCUUCAUGAACAGUUGGGAAGCCAUGGGGACCAACAUCGGCGUAAUCUUUUAUAAUGGUGGUCCACGAGCCAUGGUCUGGGGUUUCUUGAUCGUCAUCCCGGGUACUCUAUGCCAGGUCGCUUCAAUGUCCGAGAUGGCGUCUGUCCAGCCUAUCGCCGGUGCACAGUACGUCUGGACGCACUACUAUGCACCCCCACAAUACCGCAGGCUCAUUACCUGGUUUCAGGGCUGGAUCACCUGGGCUUCUUGGAUCGCCAUCACCGCAGGCACGGCCAAUGUAACGGCAAACAUUAUUGCAACAUUGGUAACGGUCCAAUACCCAGACUAUACUCCCAAAGCUUAUCACAUCACGCUCAUUAUGUGGGCCUUUUGCAUUCUCCUUGGCAUGGUAAAUCAAUAUGCCUUCUGGCUGAUUCCCUGGGUGGAGAUGGCUGCUGGCUUGUUGCAUAUCGUCCUGUUCAUUGUGUUUGUGGUUGUGCUCAGCACCCUGGGACAGCGUCAUUCCAGCGAGUUUGUAUUCACGUCCAAGUCGAAUCUGUCGGGAUGGAACAACGACUUUGUCUCCUUCAACCUGGGUAUCAUCCUCAUUACCUGGGGUUUCGUUGGAUUUGACGGGGCUGUCCACAUGUCGGAAGAAGUGCGCAAGGCUCGCCAUGCCGUACCACGCGCCAUGUUCUGGUCGAUCGUCAUGAACAGCGUUCUUGCAUUUUCAAUGACUCUGGUCUUCUUGUACUUCUUGGGUCCUGUCGAAGAUGUGCUAGCUAGCACCUACGGGCUGGUGCCGAUUGUCAUCAAUGCUACAGGAUCUGUUCGAGGUGGAUCGGCAAUGAUUGGGUGCUUCCUGAUUACGGUCAUUGCAGUUUUCCUUGGCUGCAUUGCCUCAAGUUCUCGACUCACAUGGGCUUGGAGUCGAGACGGUGCACUUCCUCAAUGGUUCGGCUACGUCCAUCCACGAUAUCGUGUACCGGUUCGAUCUCUGUGGCUGUCGCUGGCCAUCGUCAUGCUGCUCUGCCUCCUCAAUCUGGGCAGUAGCGUCGCUAUCAACGUCGUUAUCUCCUUGGGAACUUUCGGCCUGUUCCAGUCAUACUUCGUUGCCAUCUCCUGCAUGAUUUAUGCCCGAUCUCAACGCCAGGUUGAAGACGCUGGCUGGUCUUUGGGACGAUAUGGAUGGGCGAUCAAUAUUGUUGCUCUGAUCUAUACAGGAUGGAUUGGGGUAUUCCUUGUCUUUCCCAACUACCUGCCAAUUGACGCCGCAUAUUUCAACUAUGCUUUACCUAUCAAUGUCUUCGUGUGGCUAGUGGCUGGCAUAGCAUGGGUUGUAUGGGCACGAAAGAAUUGGGGUGGUCUCAACCAGGAUGUAGUCGAGAAGGUGCUUGCAGAUGCCGAUCAGGAUUACAAGGACUAG